AAAAAAAGAAGGAAAAUGAUACCUAGGAAAACAUGCAAGCCUGUUUCAUUUAUUUGUAUCCUAAGCAGCAGUGUCAUAGAACAGACAGUUUGUUUCAGCCAACCAGACUGGAGCAGCUGCGAGUGCUACAUCUUGGCUGUCUGAAGCGAUUGGCUCCUCUCUGGGGAGUGGAGGGUGUUCAGUUAUUAAUGACCGCUGAGCAGGCAGCACCAUGUCAGUGUGACAACUGAUCGGGUGAACGAUGCACCACUAACCACCAUGGAAACAAGGAAAAAUAAAGCCAGCUCACAGGAUCUCUCUUCACUGGAUUGAGAGCCUCAGCCUGCCGACUGAGAAAAAGAGUUCCAGGAAAAAGAAGGAAUCCCGGCUGCAGCCUCCUGCCUUCCUUUAUAUUUUAAAAUAGAGAGAUAAGAUUGCGUGCAUGUGUGCAUAUCUAUAGUACAUAUUUGUGUACACUUUGUUACACAGACACACAAAUGCACCUAUUUAUACCGGGCAAGAACACAACCAUGUGAUUAUCUCAACCAAGGAACUGAGGAAUCCAGCACGCAAGGACAUCGGAGGUGGGCUAGCACUGAAACUGCUUUUCAAGACGAGGAAGAGGAGGAGAAAGAGAAAGAAGAGGAAGAUGUUGGGCAACAUUUAUUUAACAUGCUCCACAGCCCGGACCCUGGCAUCAUGCUGCUAUUCCUGCAAAUACUGAAGAAGCAUGGGAUUUAAAUAUUUUACUUCUAAAUAAAUGAAUUACUCAAUCUCCUAUGACCAUCUAUACAUACUCCACCUUCAAAAAGUACAUCAAUAUUAUAUCAUUAAGGAAAUAGUAACCUCUUCUCCAAUAUGCAUGACAUUUUUGGACAAUGCAAUUGUGGCACUGGCACUUAUUUCAGUGAAGAAAAACUUUGUGGUUCUAUGGCAUUCAUCAUUUGACAAAUGCAAGCAUCUUCCUUAUCAAUCAGCUCCUAUUGAACUUACUAGCACUGACUGUGGAAUCCUUAAGGGCCCAUUACAUUUCUGAAGAAGAAAGCUAAGAUGAAGGACAUGCCACUCCGAAUUCAUGUGCUACUUGGCCUAGCUAUCACUACACUAGUACAAGCUGUAGAUAAAAAAGUGGAUUGUCCACGGUUAUGUACGUGUGAAAUCAGGCCUUGGUUUACACCCAGAUCCAUUUAUAUGGAAGCAUCUACAGUGGAUUGUAAUGAUUUAGGUCUUUUAACUUUCCCAGCCAGAUUGCCUGCUAACACACAGAUUCUUCUCCUACAGACUAACAAUAUUGCAAAAAUUGAAUACUCCACAGACUUUCCAGUAAACCUUACUGGCCUGGAUUUAUCUCAAAACAAUUUAUCUUCAGUCACCAAUAUUAAUGUAAAAAAGAUGCCUCAGCUCCUUUCUGUGUACCUAGAGGAAAACAAACUUACUGAACUGCCUGAAAAAUGUCUGUCCAAACUGAGCAACUUACAAGAACUCUAUAUUAAUCACAACUUGCUUUCUACAAUUUCACCUGGAGCCUUCAUUGGCCUACAUAAUCUUCUUCGACUUCAUCUCAAUUCAAAUAGAUUGCAGAUGAUCAACAGUAAGUGGUUUGAUGCUCUUCCAAAUCUAGAGAUUCUGAUGAUUGGGGAAAAUCCAAUUAUCAGAAUCAAAGACAUGAACUUUAAGCCUCUUAUCAAUCUUCGCAGCCUGGUUAUAGCUGGUAUAAACCUCACAGAAAUACCAGAUAAUGCCUUGGUUGGACUUGAAAACUUAGAAAGCAUCUCUUUUUAUGACAACAGGCUUAUUAAAGUACCCCAUGUUGCUCUUCAAAAAGUUGUAAAUCUCAAAUUUUUGGAUCUAAAUAAAAAUCCUAUUAAUAGAAUACGAAGGGGUGAUUUUAGCAAUAUGCUACACUUAAAAGAGUUGGGGAUAAAUAAUAUGCCUGAGCUGAUUUCCAUCGAUAGUCUUGCUGUGGAUAACCUGCCAGAUUUAAGAAAAAUAGAAGCUACUAACAACCCUAGAUUGUCUUACAUUCACCCCAAUGCAUUUUUCAGACUCCCCAAGCUGGAAUCACUCAUGCUGAACAGCAAUGCUCUCAGUGCCCUGUACCAUGGUACCAUUGAGUCUCUGCCAAACCUCAAGGAAAUCAGCAUACACAGUAACCCCAUCAGGUGUGACUGUGUCAUCCGUUGGAUUAACAUGAACAAAACCAACAUUCGAUUCAUGGAGCCAGAUUCACUGUUUUGCAUGGACCCACCUGAAUUCCAAGGUCAGAAUGUUCGGCAAGUGCAUUUCAGGGACAUGAUGGAAAUUUGUCUCCCUCUUAUAGCUCCUGAGAGCUUUCCUUCUAAUCUAAAUGUAGAAGCUGGGAGCUAUGUUUCCUUUCACUGUAGAGCUACUGCAGAACCACAGCCUGAAAUCUACUGGAUAACACCUUCUGGUCAAAAACUCUUGCCUAAUACCCUGACAGACAAGUUCUAUGUCCAUUCUGAAGGAACACUAGAUAUAAAUGGCGUAACUCCCAAAGAAGGGGGUUUAUAUACUUGUAUAGCAACUAACCUAGUUGGCGCUGACUUGAAGUCUGUUAUGAUCAAAGUGGAUGGAUCUUUUCCACAAGAUAACAAUGGCUCUUUGAAUAUUAAAAUAAGAGAUAUUCAGGCCAAUUCAGUUUUGGUGUCCUGGAAAGCAAGUUCUAAAAUUCUCAAAUCUAGUGUUAAAUGGACAGCCUUUGUCAAGACUGAAAAUUCUCAUGCUGCGCAAAGUGCUCGAAUACCAUCUGAUGUCAAGGUAUAUAAUCUUACUCAUCUGAAUCCAUCAACUGAGUAUAAAAUUUGUAUUGAUAUUCCCACCAUCUAUCAGAAAAACAGAAAAAAAUGUGUAAAUGUCACCACCAAAGGUUUGCACCCUGAUCAAAAAGAGUAUGAAAAGAAUAAUACCACAACACUUAUGGCCUGUCUUGGAGGCCUUCUGGGGAUUAUUGGUGUGAUAUGUCUUAUCAGCUGCCUCUCUCCAGAAAUGAACUGUGAUGGUGGACACAGCUACGUGAGGAAUUACUUACAGAAACCAACCUUUGCAUUAGGUGAGCUUUAUCCUCCUCUGAUAAAUCUCUGGGAAGCAGGAAAAGAAAAAAGUACAUCACUGAAAGUAAAAGCAACUGUUAUAGGUUUACCGACAAAUAUGUCCUAAAAACCACCAACUAAACCUACUCCAAAAAUGAACAAAAAAAAAAGCAAAAGACUGCAGUUGUGCUAAAAACAAAACAAAACAAAAAGUUAAAAAAGAUUACUUUCAAGAGAGAAGUUUAAGCUUCACCAAUGCUGCUCCUGACCAAUGGAAAUAGGUACAACUUCAGCAUUUUAAGUAACUGGCUUCAAGGGGUACUGUGGCAACCAAAUAAAAUAACUCCAUUUUCUAAAACUUUCAUGUAACUUUUAUGUCUGGACUACAGUUAAAGUGGACAAAAACAUUUCUGUAUUUUUUUUUAAGUAUAUAAGAGUAGUUGAACUGAGCAAUACCUCCUCCUGUGUUGUAUUACACAUAUUAGCCACGAGUUUUUGCAGUGACCAGAUAAACUUGAAUUGACACGUGGUGUAAUAAAAUGGACAAAUUCUGUAGAGUAGACACAGUGAGUAUGUGGACCUCUUUUAUAAGGAAAAAUACAUUUUGGAUUAAAAUCAAUUGCUUUUGUCUUGUUUUGUUUCUAAAUAAAGAAUAAUUUCUGGGAAA